GGAGACCAUCAGUCGCUUACCACCUCGCCACCUGUUAACACAUCUGCACACAGCAGCAUUUAUAAUUUCGUUUCGCCAAAAAAUUUGAUUAUAUAGAAAGGAUGAUGGUUAGCUCUUCCGCCUUUCUGAUGGUCGUCCUCUGUCUGGCUGCUGGCGGCGGAUUCAACACGCUCGAAGCCAAGUCGUUGGUGACGUUCAAAAGGAACAUUGACCAGGUGUUGAAGGAGUGGAAUUGCAACAAACCGCAAGAGAGACUCGUCUAUUUGGAGGAUGAAUAUGUGGAAUACAAUCCGGCCGCCAUUUACCUGCCUCAUGCGGCCGUCGUCCAGCGCUGUGAAAAGUCCAUCGGCUGCUGUAAAACCGGUCACGUGUGCACGUCGGCCGAGGAAGAGGAGAUGACCUUUAUCGUCGAAGAGUUUCUACGAGGAAAGAAAAUGAAGAAAGAAGUCGUCCUCUCCAAUCACCUGCGCUGCGAGUGUCAGAGCGUCACCCGGGAGCGCAAAUAAAAAUAUUAAUUCCGGCCGGAAUGAUUCGAAUUAUUUUUUUUUUAAAUAUAGGAGUCUAAAACAUUAUAACAUGCGCAGUUCCUAUAUAUUAUACAGCCAUAUGCGAUGCUAUGUAUCACGUUUAUAGCUAGUCUCUCUAUAUUUUUCUAUAAUUAUACCAAUACAGUAUUUUCUGCAAUUCAA